GAUGCGAGUCACCAGCCACCCCACUGCAUCAAUAAUUAAUUUGGAUCUUGUUAUUAUUAUUAUCACUUUGUCGCCUCCUUCUCACCUCCCCCGCCAGUUUGGAUCUUCGCUGGGAAUCAUUUCGAAAGGCCAUAUUGCUAGUUGUUGUUCUUCUCGUUGGACAGUUUGUUGUGACCAUGCCGUGAGCCGUCAAGUCUCCCCUCAGACAACUCGGAACUACCAGACUGGCCCGCGCCGCUUCAUUAUUACACUGGGAUAGAUCAUGGGAGGUUGAGUGGCCCACGUUAUAUUGUUGACCACAGGCCUAGGUGAUCGACCGCUUUGGGUCGCGGACUCAGAAUGUUCAAAACUUUUGCUGCCAGCACCUUCAUAGUGCUGGCAGCAGCAACAGACUUACCAUACAAUCCUUCGUCCUUAUGGGUGUCUACCACCGCUGCAAAUCACACAGUUGCCUAUUUCAUAUCGUCGACAUCCAAUGACGUUAAGUUUCAAUACAUCAACCUCACCAGGCCAUUCGAUGCCGUAUCGCCGUCCUUCUCGAACAUCGCUCCGCCCCCCUUCUCUCCCAACGAUGCAAAGUCGAUAAUUCCCAUUGCGGAUCCAGACGGCAUCCCUACAAUCUAUGCGGGGGAUUGCCGGUCUUCUAAGGCCGAGGUUUGGCGGUUUGAAACUGAAAAUGCGAAAGAUACGGCUGAUUUGAAUGGUAAAUGGCUCAAGUCUGCGAUUCAGCCAAAGAAAGGCAGAAGUGGCAUGCCAUGGAGAGGGCCAAACUACCUCGCAGCCGGGAUUGGAUUUUCGACCCCGGAAAGUGAUUCAGCUCCCGACCUUUACAUGUUUGCUGGGAUGUGCCCAACCGACGAAACGAGACUCAAGUCCUGGAUAGCAGAUGCUGAGUACUCCAGGAAUAUGACCUAUCUCCAAACGGCAAUGUCUUCCCCUAGUCCAGACUACAACAUUGAAACGUUAUCCAUCAGAUCUCCUCCCGUGGCCGAGGCAGGUUUCAGUAUGACCCCUCUUGUGCCUGCAUACUCAAAUUCAUCAACUGGUGCAAGGUUGCGUCACCAGAGCUUCGUUCUUGCUGGUGGCCAUACGCAAAGUGCCUUCGUCAACAUGUCACAGAUAGUGCUAUUUUCCCUCCCUGAGGAGAGCUGGAGCUACGUUACAGUCAACCAAGCAUUGAGUGAUUCAUCCCAGGCAAGGUUACCAGAAGGUAUAUCCGGAAUUGAGCCGCGAUCUGGUCAUACUGCAGUCCUUACUCCAGACGGCAGCAAAAUUAUCAUCUUCGGGGGCUGGGUUGGGGACACUUCUGUGCCUGCACAACCCCAGCUAGCUAUCCUUGACAUCGGCGAGGAUUAUGGAGGAGCUGGCGAUUGGACAUGGGAAAUCCCUCCAAAGAGCUCACCAGACGGACUCUCUGAAAAUACAGGAGUGUUUGGUCAUGGAGCUGCCAUGCUUCCCGGCAAUGUAAUGCUUAUAACCGGAGGAUACAGGAUACCACCUCGGUCGUUGAAAAGCUCGAGCAACGAGUUUGUAGCUAACGACCAGACCUUUCUCUUCAACGCCAGUUCUGGAACUUGGGUUACAUCCUAUACUCCCCCGGAUAUUGCUUCUGUUCCAAACGAACACCACAGAGGGCCCCUCUCUACAACGCUGCAGAAAGUCGGCCUUGGAGUAGGCCUUGGUAUUGGGGUUCCAAUUGCUGCUUUGGCUGCUGUGCUUGUUUUCUUCGUCUGCCGCAAUCGACGCGCCCGUGAGCACCGUAAAGCCCGCGAACAAACACUCCGGAGCCUUGCAUUAGGUGCUGAACGGCCUCAUUUUGAAGCACCUGAUCAGCAAAUGAUGCAGAUAGACUCUGCUCAGCACUACGGGUUUGGUGGAUAUAGCGAUAUCCAAAAUUCUCCAUUUGCAGCGGAAAGGACAGGUCUCUUGGUAGACAAUCCAAGUCCAACUAGAGGCUUGCGGGCUAGUGUACGAUCUCGAGGUUACCAGCCAGGCAUUCUGCAGGAUGACCCAAGACGAAAUAUCAAAUUCUCCCAAAUCCAGCCCAUUGAUGAAGGAGAGGAAUACGAUGCUAUACAGCCAGUUCCAGCAGGGGCGGCCGGAUGUCGGGAUAGCAAGUGUUCUAACAACUCUGAUCCUUUCAAAGACCCUCCUUCCCCGUCCAAGGACUGCUUCCCAUCCCUUGUGCCAGAGGAUCAGUCUAGAUCGCAGGCCAACGAUGAGAACAUACACGAAUGGGUACAUACGCUGAGCUCUGAGAAGCUAGAGAAGCCUCCAAGCAUCACAUCAGAAAAGCAAGACCGCACACUCUCCAACCUAUCUGGCACCUCAGGCACUUCAUCAUCCUCACAUCGUACGAAUCCAAAGUUGUUAGAUCGUUCAGUGUCACAGAGGUCCAAUUUUGGCAGCCCGUCCAACUAUGGUAGUUCUGAAAGGGGGCACACAGCCGAUUCUGACAGAGCAGUUCCUGGCCGAGUCGCCUUUUCCGGCAGACCAUCCUCCCAGCUCUCCUACGCUCAACUACAGGCAGAAGGGUCCUCUCUGUUAGGUACUAACCCCUCAUGGAUGCCUCAGCAAGACCCAAAUCAACCUGCAGACCAACGCCAAGGGCCUAUAACUUUAGAGCUAGCAGGGACCAUUCGGCGAGUUCUUGGCUCGUUAAGAAGAUCAGAAACAUCUGGAGGCUCGAAUAAAGCGCCUAACCAGGCAGAUUCCCGCGCAUCAAACCAGCGAAGUUCAAGUACAAGCCCAACAAAAAGCUUCUACAGUUUACCGGACGAAGAUAAUCAGGGUUAUUUGGAAACCGUACCAGGAGCGUCACAGCGUCCCCAUCGAGCAGUCAGCACAAGCUCUUCGGUCCUCAGGCGCAAGCAAGGUGCCAAAGAUUGGAAUGCAAAACGCAAAUCGGGAGACAGUUCAAUAUUACGACAAGGGAAAUCCCGGUAUGAGUCUUCACCCGCCGAGAUUGGAAGUGCAGUAGGGGGCGCAAGCUUUAGAAGCAGUGAGGAUGAUUAUGACUUUGACGAUGAAGACUGGGAUGUCGAGGCAGCUGCUGAGGGACGAGUGGUACAGGUUACAUUCACUGUGCCCAAGGAAAGGCUGAGAGUUGUCAACGCUGGCGCAGGGGAUACCAUUGACGAUGAUGAUGAACGCGAUGAAGACAAGAAAAUGAAACAAAAGCAAGUCGACACCAAUUAUAAUGACCAUGAGAAAGGUGAAGCGAAGGGAUUAAUCCCAGUUUCUGAAUCUAUGAGGUCUAUCGAUGAUGUGUUUACAGAUGCCCCUGAGGAGAGCAGCGAAACGCCAACAAAUCAGUAGGCCAGGCGAGGAGUUUAGAUCUUGGAGUACCUGUGUGAAAUUUUCUUCCCAUUUUCUUUUCUUGUCUACUUCGUUUCUUCUGUCUUUCUACCGAGAUGCUCUUUACGGGGUUAUAUGCCCACUGAUUGCUUUCAUGAUUGGCUUUUUUUUCUGGGAAAGGAUGGGAAUUUGAUAUUGAUUCUACGCGGACAUGUGGGCUGUUUCUCAGGGGCCCUUUUUUUUCAGCCAUCUCUAUCUUUCGUUUCUCCAAUACAUGUAUUUAAGUAUUUUCAUUUAUAUCAACAAUUCAAUUCAAUCUGGCCCUUAUCAAUCCCGCAUUAUUGCCUGUACCGCCUCGGUAUAUCUAGGGGCAGUAUACUGUUGGCGCCUCAACCCUGUACAUGCAGCAUCUAAGUUAAUAGCCUUUCCGGCUCCAACUGCCCUUGGUUCCCCGUUCGCCUAUCUGCCUUACUGCGCAGUUAUUAUAUGCCUUGCACCGAAGACAGGCAGCAUAUGUAGGCCGAAGGCAGGGGCCCGGGAGGGAAGAUCAACCCGCUCAUCGGGGUAAAGGCAAACAAAGUGAUAAUCGCAGCUGGUUUUCCGCCCCAGGUUCCUUGCCGAAGAUCCUGACAGGGGGUAGUUCAAUUGCUCGAUAUGGGCAGUCAACAUGGGACAAGCACAAGAUCAGUCUGAGUGCACACACGGCAAAGCUGGUUCUAGUCAGGCUGAGGAAAGCCGAGUGAGGCGGGUUGGUAAAUUGUUCAAUCCCGC